AUGAUAUUGGUGGGAAGUACUUUGGUGUUGGUUCAAGUGCUUGUGAACACAAGUGGUUGUUUCAGAGAAGAGAAGAGAUCGCUUCUUGAAUUGAAGACUGCUUAUUCGAAUCAUUCUUUGCUGCCAUCUUGGGUUGAUGACGAUGAUGAUCCAAAUAGCGAUUGCUGUGAUUGGGAGUGCGUUGAGUGUGAUCCCUCCUCUGGCUAUGUCUUCAAUCUCUCUGUCUCCAAUAUCAGAGACCGUGAUGCCUAUGGACGUUGUUUUUCCACACCCUUCAACUGGUCCUUGCUCCUCACCUUCCCUCAAUUGACAAUCCUUGAUCUCUCCCAUAAUUGCUUCCAAAACUUCGUUUGUCAAGGAGGUUUAUGUCAAAUGAAGCAAAUUGAAGAGCUAUAUUUGAAUGAUAACAAUUUCGAAGGAACUUUGGAUCCACUCAUGGGAAAUAUGACAUCACUUCGGACUCUGGAUCUUUCACAUAACUUGUUAAGUGGGAGUAUUCCUGCUUCAAUGGCAAUGAUGCCAAGUUUAAGAAUAUUAAAUAUGGGCCACAAUAAUUUUUCAGGGAGCAUACCCGUCAACAUGUUUGAAGGACAAGCCACCUCAGCAGUUAUUUUUACACAUCCAAUAGGUUUACAUAUCCUGGACUUGUCUCAUAACAAAUUCUCGGGUCAUCUGCCAUCUUCCUUCACGAUAUCACCAUCUUUGGUUUUCAUUAAUUUGAAAGGAAAUGAUCUUACUGGCAAGAUACCUAAUUAUUACCCUGGUGGCGACAAUAUAGUAGCUAUUGAUUUCAGUGACAACAAUUUCAAGGGACAUAUUCCGGAGAGCAUCUAUAGUCUUAAGUCUUUGACAUUUCUUCUAUUGGCAGGAAACCAAUUGCAAGAACAACUCUCUAGUGGUAUAUGUGAGUUAAGAAAUCUACAGAUCUUGGAUCUGUCCCGUAAUAAAUUCACUGGCUCUAUACCUUCUUGCUUCAAUAAUAUAGCAUUUCAGGAUGUGAAUUUUGUUUUCUCUCAUGGAAAAAGAGCUACCGUGACUCCUGGAGGAGCUAAAAGAUAUAGUACACAAAUAUUUGGUUUUAAGUAUAGAAUGGGAGAAAUACAAGUCAUAACAAAAGGUUCAUCUCGUUCAUACGAAGGUGAUACACUUAAAAUCAUGUCUGCAUUGGAUUUGUCAUCUAAUCAAUUGACAGGAGAAAUUCCUCGCGAAUUAGGAGAUCUCAGCAGCCUUCAUACACUCAAUUUAUCUCACAAUCGUCUGACUGGAUCCAUUCCAGAGAGCUUUCACAAUCUACAAAACAUAGAGAGCUUGGAUCUUUCAAACAACACUUUGAGUGGGGAAAUUCCUCUUAAUCUUCAGGACUUGUACUUUUUGGAGAUCUUUAAUGUGUCCUAUAACAAUCUAUCAGGUACAGCACCUGAGGAAAACCAAUUUGCUAACUUUGAUUAUAGCAACUAUGAAGGGAAUCCGUUUCUCCAUUGGACCAACAGUAACAGGCGGAUUCCACCACCUCCAGCCCCGUUGGAUAAGAGAAAGAAAGAUGAUUCUGCCGUUGACUUCGCUUCUUUUUAUUGGACUUUCUCUGCAUCUUAUGUCACAGUACUCUUAGCGUUGGAAUUGAGAACGAUUAAUGUGUCCUUCAAUUGUUUUGGGGACUUCGUUUGGAAACCAGUUGUUAUCCAAAAAUUUGGGAAGAAUUUAUGA